GCCGAAGAUAGAACGAGUACCUAUUUCGGGAACCAAUUGCAAGCAGCGAUGAUGAACCGAACUUUCUCGGCCUUCCAGAAUCGUCGGCGUGACAAAACCGUCGUUGGAGUGCGACAGUUAAUAAUUCGAGGCUCUUCUUUUCUAUCUAUGGAUUAUCGUCCUACUCAGAUUUAACAGCAUUGUAUUAUUGACAUAGGAUUGAUAGUUGUCGUCAACAAAAAGAAACUAAAAGGUAAAGUCGCAUUUGCAACAGCUCAGUUCGGUAAGAUACGCGCGGCCGAUAACUAAGCACUGACACUUCGUUACCACCUUUACUAAGCGUGACUUGCUCGUUUAGCCUGGGGAUGAAUAAUCGAUGCAUAACGAACUUAGCAUAAGAAACCUGUCGUAAAAAUUGCAUGCGGAUUACAGAAACGGUGCCUGAGUCUUCAGUUUACAAGGAUCCACGCAAAACCACGCAAAACUCUGCGGCUCCAUCAGGAAGAAUUAUCUUCUUUAUUUUUACUACGAAACGCUUCCUGAUUGUAAAGGCUUAGUCCAAAAACAUUUAGUCAGGUUGGGCCGCCUCUCAAGGAAUUUAUCCAAAUGCUUAUGGCUUGUAAGAGAUACGACGACUUGCUCAGGACGCAAGAAAGUGUAAUGUACCAGAACAAUACUUACCAAGGGGAAGGGAACCCGCUAACGGCCGGCAUCUACUCGCUUCUCAUACCUAACAGCGAGGAAGAAAUACAGCAGGUGAGUUAUUUUCAAUUAUUUCAAACGUUCUUGACAAUUCUCUGUUGCAAAAGUCAUGCAGUCGAGUCACAAGACACUGGCUUUGAAAAGGAACAAGUUAAAAUGCAAGACGUUAUACCAAAGAGUAACUAUAUAUUGAUAGCGUGAAUCAAAUUCACACCUUUCAGUCACUCUGCAAAUAGAUUUUAGAAUGUAUUUGGAAGUAGAUAUCUAAAACUGGUAAAACUACUUCGACUAUCGUGAUUUCUGAAACACGGAUCCUUGAGAUUUCGAGACAGAAACUGCACCCAUGAAUGAUUUUCGUAAUGCCUCAGAGCAUUGCAAUAAUUGGUGGCACCUUAGUCCUCAUGUCUUAUAUAACCAACACUGGUUAUUUUGGUAACAUCACGCAAAAAAGGCUAUGUUCUUUUUUUAUAUUUUACGACGAAGCUAAAGUGCUCUAGUUUAACUAAAAUUAUGGGCCGUAAAGGCGAGACAAUUGCAACGUCAAGGUCGGGGGUCCGUUCAAAUUCUUAAACUGCGGGAAGUGUUUACUGCUUGCAAAUCCUAACAAAGUCGAAAGUCCCUUCCUCGUUAACUAACAGUGCAACGAACGCCGUUUCUUAUCAUUUUAUUCAUGCUAUGGUGUGAUGAUCGAUUAUAGAUAGUCAUACCCAAUUCCUAUUCUUCACCUUUUUGACAGACUCUCCACGAAAUGGAUAGCUACUUGUGCUCAUCUUCUCCCGUAUCAACUCCUACGGAAACACCAGCAAAUUACGCAAACACUCCACUACCAAAGUUCGAACAAAUGUCAGGGAAGAGAGACUGCCGAUUUCCAGAUCCAGCGCCAAACAUGUACACAGUUGUACAGUCCCAGUGUGCGCCUUCCUUCAGUCUAACACACAGAUGGCCACAAGUGACAACCCCAGCCCAAACAACUGCAGUCAGUACAUCGACAAGUGGAGCUGUAGACUUGGGUUUCGCGACCAGAGGGCAAACCUUUUCAGCAUCCUCCUCGACCCACAAGGAACUUGAACUAAAUCACGAUGACGGGUUCCUUUGCGAUUUCCCCGGCUGUGAAAAGCGCUACGCGAAAAGUUCGCACCUUGGUACUCACAAACGGCUUCAUACAGGUGAAAAACCCUUCCUGUGUCCGUGGGAAGACUGUGGGUGGUGUUUCCGACGUUCCGACGAACUCAAGCGACACUAUCGAAGACAUACUGGAGAAAAGCCCUACGUAUGUCCGCUUUGUGGGAGAUCUUUUAGCCGCUCCGACCAUCGAUCGUCUCAUAUAAAGAAAAUACAUCCACUCAUGUAAGGAACUGUACAAUAGUUGGGAGUUUAAAAAUCCCCACAAAGAGAGAAACACCCAAUUUAAAAUGUUAACCUACCAGUAUUAAAUAAGUAAGUUUUAAGUUUUAAUUCGAUAUAAUGCAUGUUUAGUUGAUUGAUGCAAAAGUUCGCACAAAAGUAUUACACGAUGUAAAAUAGGUCUUCUUUUUAACUACUAAAUUAUGUACAAAUUAAAAUAAUUACGAGAGGAAAGCAAUACACUAAACUCUUUGAGUUGAUCUCAGUCGAGUGCCUCCAGACUCAAAAACUCAGAAACUCAAUGACGUUUGAUAAGGUACAUACUUUUGUCACAAAUUGUUUGUAACAGGAACAACUUUUUAUUCCGUGGUUCGACUUUCGAUUCAGUGAUAAAAAGUUGGCUGCUUACACUGUGGACGUAAUUUAUUUAACACUGAGAUUCAGUGCCAAUGAAAACAGCAAACUAGGAGACAGUUUCUGAAAUAUCCUGCCACAGCUUACAGUCAAGCAUUAACUUAGAGACGCAGGUGGUCGAUGCUGUCGAUUGUUUCUUACAAAUAAUGUUAUUUUCGUGACGGAAACGCAAAAUCAACUGUUUUUGUGGAAAUGAUAAAGGUAAGCUCCAGUUUUUUCAGAGAACUAAGUGCAACUAUUUUUUUCUAUUUGUUGUACAAAACUCCUCAAUGUGUCAGAUUUUUUAUGAGCUACCUGGCCCAAAAUGUGGCUUUUUCAGUGCUGUGUGCUAGUCAGGAAAAUAACUUCACCAUUGGAAUAACAGACUAUGUUGUAAUAUAGUUAUAAUUAUAUUUUUCCUGUGAGGGUAACUUACAGUCUCUGUAAGUAAAAUGCUCAAUAAGUCUAUAUAUGUUGUGGUCCACGAAUUAGUGGCCAUUUAUUUAAAUUGUUAUACAUUAAAGAAUGGAAACAAAGUUUAUUGCUCUUCAAUUCAAAAUUCUAGUGUUAAACAACCCUUGGAAUAGAUAACUUUGUAUACCCGGAGCUAAUCAUUUUUCUGUAACUUAGGUAAACGUAUUUAUGGGGUGCAUAGGAGAAGAAGAUGAUGUCACAACUAGAGCAGUAAAAGCCUGCGAUUAAAAACGUGAUUUCUACAACAACAACAAUCUUUAUUUUGUACUCACUCUUGCUCAAAAAUACAUUACGACAAUGAAAAUAUUAAAAGUAAAAAUUAGAGUACUGGCUGCCUGGAAUAACCAUGGGGGCUAGCGGAGCCAGGCAGCCAGUUGAAAUCAUUAAUAAAAUUAAAUUACAAGUCAGCAAGAAAACUGAAGCACAUCUUUCUCGCUGACUGCUGACCUCACUAAGAACCUGUUAGGCUAAAAUUUGCCAGUUAGGCCCCCUCUAUACAUCUAAACAAGGAACUGUUCAGCCUAAAAUUUGAAACAGGUUCUUAUAUUCUAAAAUAUGCAAAAAAACAUUCUGUACACUUUGCCUAAAGAGCUUCAAAAGUCAUGUGGUCAGUGCUUCAGUCCUUUUUCGCAUAGUCAUUUUCCCAAAUACUAAUUUGGUUUGUAGAUUUUAUAUGAGGAAUAAGCUGAGUACCACUUAAUGACUCAUAGCUACUUUUUUUUUCUUCAGAAAAUAUGAACCUCUUUGAGAACCUAAAUAGCCUAAAUUUGUGCUGAUUACCAUUUAUGUAAGGACCUGUUAAGGCUGACUUGGGAAAAUGUAGGUUCUUUAUCGCGGGUUUUCACUGUACUUAAGUUCGGGCCUUAGUUGGUUCGCGAACAAGACAUAGGGUACACACCUGAUAGUGGAAGGAAUGCAGGUGGUUUAUUAAUUACUCUAACAAGUUAUAUAAUCAUAUUUAGUGCUAAUUUUGCUAAGAAUCUGUGAAUAUAAAACGAAACCAAACAAAGCAAUCCGGAGUUAUAAUGUCCUGAAUAGCAACUUUAAUCGAAAGCAAUAACACUUCUGAACAAUUUUUUCCGAGUAAUUGUUACGGGUUAUAAUGUCCAAGGCAGUAUCUAUCGAUCGAAAGAGUUCUAUUUAAACAAAAUAAAUACAUAUAUAAUAUUGGCAUCUUGAAUAAAGUUAUAACAACUCUCAAAAUGCAAACGGCACUCAUAUGCAAAAAAUGAAAUCUACUAGCCAACAAUAUUGCCAGAAAUGAAAAUGUCUGAGUUCCAUAAGCAUGUUAAGAAUUGAAUCAAUAAUCCUGUGUGGCAUUAGUCAACUUUGUUUGCAAAGUUUGGAACACUAUAAACACUAUAAAAAGCUGCAUUUUGUUAAAGUCAAGACAGUAUUAAAACAAUCAAACAGACUAUUCUAAUUACGGUUAUUAAAGUAAACGCUAAGAAAGGUCACGACGAGGCAUUGACUUCUUACAAGAGAGUAUGAAAAGGCACUCCAACCGGUUUAUAAAUCAUCAAUUAUACGGCGACUCAUUUCAUCUUUUUGCAAUCAAAUAACGAAAAUUAAGUGUUAAAAUCAAAAUAAUAAACUUCCCAGUGCCAGCAAGAGAAUUGUCUCGAUUUUCGUUGAAUGUAAACCAAGGAGGAGAAAUAUAUAGGAGCUGUUUCUGAAAUCGGUCGUCAAAACGUACAAUUUAAGUGGCUUUCAUCAUUUUGUGUAAAAAUCAGUGUCUCAUCAUUCACUGACUAUUUCACCGUUUACAGCAAGUUAUCUGAAAACAAAGAUAACUUUUUUCUUAUUUUAGAUUGCUGACAUACAAGUUUUCUUAAAGUAUGUAAUAUAUUUGCUAUAGCUUCUUUUGUUUUGAAAGCAAUUUUCACGAGUUUUAGUUGCCUUUGUAUGACUUUCCAGCGGUUUUCUUUGUUUACAU